AUGGAACUAAGCGAGCUCUCUAUGGAAAUGAUCAGCAUGAGUUCAGCAGCGAACAACAAGAUGGCCGACGGCAGCGGCGGCGGCAGCACGGCGGCGGCGCUGGGGCACCACUCCCAGUCCUCCACCAACAUGAGCAAGUCCAUCAGCGGGGCUUCCCUCUCCUCCUCUCAGGCAACGCACCGUACCCAGUGCAGCUCGGGGAUGAGCUCGGUGUCCGCCCGCCUCGGGAACCUCUCGAGCUCGCCCGCCUCCCCGUUAGCGGACACCACCACAACAACUUCGGGCGCCGGCGCCGGCGGAGCGCCGGCGGUGGCAGCGGCAGCGGCGGGUCACCCACACCCGGUCGCCGCCGCCCCGGUCGCCGGCGGAGGCAAGACGGUGCUCGCGGGCGUCGCGCCGUCCUGCUUCGGGAAGCUGCGGCGGCGGGGCAGGUUCUCCAAGUGGCGCGAGUCCGUCUACUUUGAGCUGCGCAGCACGGCGCUGCUGGCCUUCACCGACAACAAGCCCGGCAAGAACACGGGUACCACUGCUGGUGCCGCGGGCGGCGGCGGCGGCAGCAGCAGCAGCGGCGGAAGCUUCGCGUGCCUCGCCGCCAAGAUCAUGCACCCGCGGCACUCGGCACACGCCGGGGUGGAGUGGGGCUGGAGCAUGGACCUGUGCGGGGCGGAGCGGGUCGUCGAGCUUCCGGGGUCGACGAAGAAGGACACGUUUGCCUUCGCGGUUGAGUUUCCGGCCAGGGACAGGAAGAAGACGCUGGUGCUCGCCGCACCGACGGCGGUCGACCGGGAGAGGUGGAUGGCGGCGAUGGACAAGGCGAAGCGUUGCGUGCACGCGGAGAAUUUUGAGCCCCUGUCCGUGAUCGGAGAGGGCCACUUCGCGACGAUCGACGAGGGAGCGGAAGAGGGGGGCGGCAGGGAAGGCGGCGGCUAUGCGAUCGGCGAGGACGUCGACAAGGCCCGUGCCGACGAGGCCGAAACCGACGCCGAGGACGCCGACACCGACGCCGAGGCCGCGGACGCCACCACCAAGGCCGCGGACGCCACCACCAAGGCCAACACCAUAGCCAACACCAAGCCGGCGUCCUCCUCCAAGUACAGCGAUCGCACCGUGGAGGACUCGAUCUCCCGCAGCGGCCGGCACGGCUGCGACCGCUACCUGGCGGUGAAGGAGGUGGCCCUCCACAAGGGCACCUCCCUGCCGGGAGUCCUCAACGAGCGGCAGAUUCUGGGCGUCCUGCAGGAGCACCCCUUCGUCGUGACCCUCCGCUGCGCGUGGCGCAGGGGCAACUACCUGUACUACGGCCUGGACUUCCUGCCCGGGGCGGACCUGUUCGAGCUGUUCCGCCGCAACGCGAUAAAGAUGGACCUGCAGUCCGCCAGGGUGUACGGCGGGCAGGUGGCGCUCGCGCUGGAGCACCUGCACAACCACGGCAUCUGCUACAGAGAUCUCAAGCCCGAGAACAUCCUUGUCGACGCCAAAGGCCACCUGUGCCUGGCCGACAUGGGCCUCAGCAAGAUUUUGGGCACGGGCGAGAACGCGGUUCGGACGAUGACGGUGUGCGGCACCAGGGCCUACCUGGCGCCCGAGAUGGUCCUUCGCAAGCCCUACGGCCUGUCUGUGGACUUCUGGCAGUUCGGCUGCUUCGUCUACGAGCUCUACGCGGGCCACUCCCCCUUCUGGAAGCCGAGGUCCGGUCCCCCGGGCCGCUCGCACGACCAGACCGUGGCCCUCAUCCUGGCUGGCGAGAUCCACUUCCCGAGAUCCAUCGGCCCCGUCGCCAAGGCCCUGAUCAAGGACCUCUUGGGCAAGGAGGUGGAGGCCCGCCUUGGCUGCAGGCCUUCUUCUCCCUCCUCCUCGUCCGUCCCGCCGCCGCCGGCAGCACCGGCUUCUUCCGCUGCAGCGGCGGGGGCGGCGGGGGGCAGCAGCAGGGGCCCCGGGACGUUGGCCGCGCGGCCCGCCGCCGCCGCCGGGGGCUGGCUCAGCGUCAAGCAGCACGGGUUCUUCAAGGACAUGGACUGGGAGGCGCUGCUGAGGGGGGACGUGGCCGCGCCGAUCAAGCCCGCGGGGAUGGGGCGGAGCAUGGUGGGCAACUUCGCGAGGGAGUACACGAGGCAGCGCGCGGGGUGGGGCGGGGACCAGCAGGAGCUGCGCGACGUGGCCGAGAAGGAGGGGCUGUUCAAGCGAGAGCUCAUGGGCUUCGACUUCGUGCGCGGUUGACCGAUCGGCCGGUAGAACACGGGAUUUAUUUCGAGUCUGUUGAUAUAUGUAUGUUUUUUUUCGGUGUGUGUGGUUUGUCUGUGAGUGUGUGUGUGUGUGUGUUUUGAUGCUAGUUUCGGUCGGCUCCUGAGAAGGGAGACAGAAUUGUGGCGGGCUCUCUCGACUAGACAACAGAGGCGAAUCUGAAUUUGGGGGGGGGGGCGGGGGGGAGGGGCUGCCCUAGAUUUGUUGUGCUUGUGUUUUGCGGCCUCCCUUUCUUGCCCUCGACAUUCCAGCCAACCAAUCGCGUUUCCGAAUUGAGUAUUGGACGAUGUACCACGUUGUUACAGACCACCCGCGGGUCUUCAUUCACCCAAGCACGUAGCCUACGUUUUUGCUUCAGCGUCGGUGGAUGUCUUGUGGCCGUGUUUGUUGCAUGUCGAUCCAGGCCCAUCUAAUACGCCUAAAAAAGCAAGCAGUAAGUGCCACAUAUCCUACGGCGGUCUCUUAAGAAGGGCAGCAACGCGAAGUUGCAGGCUUUUCCCGGCCUCCGUUUCGAGAGUUUCGUGUGUGUGUGUGCCGUGUGCCGUGUGCCGUGUGCUGUGGGGCUCGCGUCCGGUUCCGGGUCCGGUAGGAUUUUUGGAUGGAACCUUACGUUUUUUCUCAGCACGCAAUAACGACACUUUGUAUUGGCGUUGAUUGAUUGGUGUUUGCGUGGAUUGUUCGCUGUUGUGCUGACUUGCGUCAGCAGCAGCAGAGGAUGAUUGCGCAGAUUUUGGGUUGUGCUUGUUGUGCUGACUUGAAUCAGCAGCAGCAGGAUCAGCAGCAGUGCGGCAGCGCCGAAGAAGAGAUGGAGUCUUUGUACGUGUACAAUAUGUCUUGUGCUGUAGACCAGCGGACGAAGUGCGGUGCUGUCCCACCGUUCGGUUGUGUGUGUGCGCGCACGACGACCCUUACGUACCACCGAUAGGACCAUUUUUGUUUUCGUUUUUUUUGUUUUUGUUUGCUAGUUCCAUUCCGGUGGGUGUGUCGGUGUCGGUUUUGUUGUCGGGUGUUUUGCCACUCUGGCGCACGCGAGCGAGACACUGCUCACUCAUUAUAUUCUCUCUUAUGAUAUAUUAUUGUCGUUGGUCCACUACUAUUGUAGUGCGGGGUUAGCGAUCAAUCACCUCGUCCCCGCGCGAUUAUUUGCCCUUUUUUUGUUUGUUUGUCGUCUUGUUUUGUGUCUUCCCCCCCUGUGGCAGUAGAGUAGGCGCCUCCGUCGAUAUUCGUUUUUUGGAGGGGGGAGAGCGUUUGGGAUUUUGUCGGUUCCGCGAUUUUGCGUAGCGCUACCACUGUUAGUGUUGUAGAAGCUGCACCUUGUGCUCGCUAAGCGUGCUUGCCAGCUGCUGCUUUUCCAACACCGCAGCAGCAGCAGCAGCAAGUGCCCUCACGGCCGUGUCUUGGUUGGUGGGAGAGGCCGCGCUCGUUUUGGUCGUGCACUUUUUGCGAGUGGCAGCCUGUUGCUGCGGCGGGGGCCAUGCUCUUGUCAUCCUAUUGCUGGAGGGAUGGCAAGGUGUGUGUUCUGAUUGUUUCUGCUCCUGCUUCUGCUGCUGCU